UGUAGCUCCACUUGUGAUAUACUAGUCCGCAGUACACAACUGUGAGCAGCUCGUCUGCCUGUUCCGUGUAGAUGUCUUCAAUCCGCUUCCCCUCCACAUCUGCUAUCUAACUGUUUGCUGUGUCUCUCCCACUAUCUCCUCGAACGAAGAGGAUCGUGCUUCGAUCGAGCUCGAGGGUUCGUGUCGCUGGUUGUGAACUACAGAUCGAGCUCGGCAGCGACAGAAGAGAUGGAAGAGAAGAAGCCCGGAGGCGACGGAGAGAACAGCAUGGAGCUGCCUCCGAUUAGUGCAUCCCUUGGUGCCAUGGGUUCCAUUUCGGGAAAGCUGGACGCGCUCCAGGAUACAGAGCACAAGGAUGAGAUCAGGAAGCUCAGGUCGCGGCUGCUGGCGCUCUCCAAGGCACGGGAUCCCCCAGUAACAGCGAGGAUCUGGAUGAAGGAUGUACGCGAACUAUCCUAUGACAUGGACAACUUUGUCGACACCGACGCAGAAUGGAUCCACAAGAUGUCAGGAUUCAAGGCUCGAGCCAAGGACGCCAAUGGACGGUACGACAGGUACAACCUCGAGAGCGUCCCCAGCCGUAUGAACAUCGCUACGAUUCCAAUGGUGGACGCCGGCCGGAAGACAGAUAUGGUCGUCGGCCUUGAUGGCGAGGGCGGCGCCUUCAAGACGAUCUGCAACACUCUGGCCGACGGGGAUGAGCAGCUCAAGGUGCUAUCCGUUGUCGGCGUAGGAGGAAUCGGGAAGACCACGCUUGCCAAACAGCUAUGGCGUGAGCACAAGCUCGGGGACCACUUCCGCUGCCGGGCUUUUGUGCGGACGGCCAAGAAACCUGACAUGAGGAGGGUCCUCAGAAGCAUACUCGCUCAAGUUCGUCCGGACCAACCACCCGACGCCAGCGAGGUGCACGACCUCAUUCACGACCUCACACAACAUCUACAGGAUAAAAGGUAUUUUAUUAUAAUCGACGACCUAUGGCAUACAUCAGUGUGGGAUGUUGCUUCCUGUGCUUUCCCGGAGGGCAAUCACGGAAGCAGGAUAAUAACAACAACAGAAGUUGAGGAUGUUGCUCUAGCAUGCUGCAGUUAUCAAUCCGAGUACAUGUUUAAGUUGGAACCCCUCAGUGACAGUCAGUCAAAAGAGUUGUUCACCAGUGCAGUAUUUGGCUCGGCAGAACGGCACUCGCGCCAGUUAGAUGAACUCUCAGAUGAUAUCCUGACAAGAUGUGCUGGUUUACCGCAGGCAAUUAUUAGCAUAUCCAGUGUCCUAGCAAGCCAUGCGGAAGCAAACACAGCGGAGAGCUGGGAGCAAAUGCAACGCAAUUUGCCAGCAAAUACAGCUUCUGAGGAGAUACUGAAACAAGUGCUGAAUUUUUGCUACAAUAGUCUUCCCAGUUGCCUUCAGACAUGUCUAUUGUAUCUUAGUAUAUACCCAGAGAACUAUAUAAUCUUGAAGGAAGAUAUAAUGAAGCAAUGGGUGGCUGAAGGGUUUGUUUGUGCACCAACAGAGAAAGAGAAAAUGAUAGUUGCUGGGAGCUAUUUUGAUAAGCUUGUCGAUAUGGGCCUGAUCCAACAUAUAGACGUAGGGUAUAGCAACAAGGUAUUGUACUAUGCAGUGCAUCACAUGGUACAUGAUCUUAUCACAUCAAAGUCCAUAGAAGAUAAUUUUAUCACUGUGGUAGAUUAUUCGCAAAGGACAGUACGGUUUUCUAACAAGGCUAGUCGUUUGUCUCUCCAGUUUGGCAGUGCAACAUUCGCAACUACACCAGCAAGUACUGGGCUGUCACAGAUUCGGUCUCUUACUUUUAUUGGACUGAUGAGCUGCUUUCCCAUUUCUAUCUUGGAGUUUAAGCUUCUUCGAUUUCUGAACCUUCAUAUUUGGAGUGAUCAACAACCAAGCACAGGUGUAGACCUCGUGGUUAUUUGUGAAUUGCUUCUGUUGAGGUAUUUGCAGGUCAUAUGCAACGACAUUGUACAUCUUCCACGUCAGAUGCAAGGUCUGAAACUCCUGGAAACACUUGAAAUAAAUGCAAGGGUAGCAGCUAUUCCAUUGGAUAUUGUUCAUCUUCGGAGCUUGUUGCAUCUCCGUCUCGGAGGUGGGACUGAACUACCUGAUGUUACUGGUACUCUCACUAAUGUCUCCCUGAAUCCUCCUAGUGCUGCCAUUUUGUUGGAUGAGUCGAACAGUCCUCCGGAUUCAGUGAAGACAAUCGAGUUGUUGCCGCCCAUUUGUAGAGUCCCCAAGUGGACCGGAUGGCUUACCAAACUCUGCAUUCUGAAAGUUGUGGUCAGAGAACUGCUAAUGGAUGACACCGGUAAACUGCAAGGAUUGCCAUCCCUCACUGUUUUGUCGUUGUACGUCAAGCAACGAACUACAGAAAAAAUCAUCUUUGUAACAGGAGCAUUCGCCGCUCUCGAAUAUUUUGAGUUCAGGUGUGGUGUAUUACACCACCUGGCCUUUAAGGAAGGAGCAAUGCCCAAGCUUCGGAAGGUUAAGCUAGGUUUCAAUGCUCAUAGAGGAGAAUGGUAUGGUCGAUUGCUUGUGGGCAUUGAACACCUGUCAACCGUCAAGGAGAUUGUUGGAAUAAUUGGAUCAACUGCCGGUGCCGAGGAAAAGGACAUGGAAGCUGCGGAGUCUGCAUUCAAGGACGCCAUUUGCAAGCAUCAUGGUAAGAUCAGCUUAAAAAGGGGAGAUGUUGUUGAGGAAGAGCAGUAUGGUCCUUUGCUUGUGGGCAUUGAGCACCUGUCAAACGUCCAGAAGAUUGCUGGAAAAAUUGGGUCAACAGCCAAAAAGCAGCAGGACUUGAUAGCUGCAGAGUUUGCAUUCAAAGACACCAUUGGCAAGCAUCAUAGUGACGCCAGCUUAAAAAGAGGAGAUAUUGUUGAGGAAGAGUAUGAUGGUCCACCAGAAAAUCAGCAUUCAGUCUUCCAGAAUAAGCUUAUGAACUUUAUUGAAGAAAAGAAUAAGCUUAUGACAGUCUCAGUGAUGGGGUGGUUCCUGUCACCUCACAUCACCGAGCUUAUGAAGGUUGCACAGGACUGUGCAGCCACCAAUUGCAUGCUAUACCGGGGAAGCAUGGAGAAGCUGGCGAAACUGGUGCAAGCUCUGAAGGACAUCAAGCGCCUCCUAGGCCCAGCCAGCACGGCCAUCGUCAACAACCAAGCCAAGCUCGACCAACUAUGGCAGCUCAAAAACGACAUUCAUGAGGUUGAGGAGAUCCUGGACUUAUUUCAGCUGGAGAUCAAUGACGUCCAGUUAACUGGUAAUUACAAUUUGAAGCAUCUGGACAGCAAAAAAGUCCGGCUGGUGAAAGUGCUCAAGAGUGUAGGCGAGACUCGGGACAGGGCGAGGGAACUCCAACACGGUGCAGUUCCUUCCAUCUUGCCACGAGCCGAAACCGGCCCGAACCCGGUGAGGGACGACAGGAGCUUCUUCGGGUAUCAGGACGAGUAUGCCCAGCUGGCCUCCAUGUUGCAGAAGCAGCCGGAUGGCAGCAAGGCGGACAACAAGAUGCAUCGGAUUAUCGCCAUCGUCGGCCAUGCCGGGAUGGGGAAGACAGAGCUUGCUCGCCAGGUAUUUCGGGGCGCCAAAGGCAAGUUUGACCUUUGCAUAUGGGUGCAUGCCUACCGCAAGAACACUGAAUACGACCUCCUGAAAGAGAUCUGGAAGUAUGUUGUUGGUCACAAAGCGGUCGGUGAGAUGGAAGUCAGGCAGCUCCAGAUUGAACUCAAGCAGCUCCUGGCGUCAAAGAGGUGCCUUCUGGUGCUCGACGAUGUAUGGAACCAUGAGUUGGCGACCAGCGAGGUGCAUAGGAAGCAUGCAUUGGUGGCUCUGGACUCGUUUAUGGGCUUCGCCGAAGAUGGAAGUAGAGUCGUGUUGACUACUCGAGCCAAGAUUUGCUCGGCAACGUUCAGAGCAGAUGCAAGCAUCAUCUUAGAUGGGAUCAAACCCAAGGAGAUCACACUUCUGCUCGACAACAUUGUAAAGCUUAGGACUAAUGGUAUCCAGGAGCUGCUAAACAAACAGGUGCCCAAGCUCAAGGGGUCUCCAUUGGCAGCCGUAGAGAUCGGUCACGAGUUGAGGAAACAAGCCACAAGUGACAAGAUGUGCAACAUCUUACACAACAUUGAACAUCAUCUGGGCAGUGUAUUAGAGGGACAUUUGUUCACGUAUCGCCAUCUGCCACCGCACCUGCAGCGUUGCUUUGAGUUCUGCAGCAUAUUCCCAUACAAUUGGAGGUUUGAGCCUGAGAAGUUAACCAAGAUGUGGAUAGCUCUUGGUUUCGUCGAGGACACCCAACAAGGUCCGUGCAUGGAAGAUGUCGCCAGAGGCUACUUCCAUGAUCUGGUUGAUCGUUCAUUGUUCCAAGAAGAAGGUGAGGCACUAGGAAUAGGGACAACUUAUGUGAUCCAUGAGCAGAUCCAUUGGAUGAUACGCAUGGCCUCCACCAAGAACUGCAUCAGCAUCUCUAGCACCGGAUGCCAUAGCACAACACCGAGAAGAAUUCCUGUGACAGUUCGCCACUUGUCUGUCUUGAGCGGCUGCCUCGAUCAGCUCAAGGCAUAUCCUAGUUCGGUGCUCAACAAUAUGCGGACUCUGGUUGUCCUAAAGAAUGACGAUGAUGAUUCGACGACGUCAACUUUUGACAAAGGCAUACUCAACCUUUUCAAGGGUGUGAGAGUACUCGACCUGACAGCAACAGACCUGACACAUCUGCCAGGAACUAUCCACAAGCUGAAACAUGUCCGGUACCUCGGUCUUCCGAGCACCAUCAGGAAUCUCUGUGAUGAGGUCACCGGGUUAUUGUUUCUCCAGACCUUCAGCCUUGCUGGGAAGAAGCGGAAUACCUGUCGGCUUCACAGGUUUCCAAAACAUAUGAACAGACUCGUCAACAUGCGACACCUUGACAUCGACAUGGAGUCCAUCGCCAACAUCAGCGGCAUUGGGAGGAUGGCUAAACUGCAAGGGCCCAUCGAGUUCAAGGCCAUCAGGGCGUCAGAGAAAGAAGGGCAUGCCGUGUCAGAGUUGGAAGGGAUGAACUCUCUGGGAGAGACGCUGAGCAUAAAGGGCCUCGAUGCAGUCGAUAGCAAGGAGGAAGCCAUGAAGGCUCAACUCGAGAACAAAAGUGCGGUCAAGGUGCUCAAGCUUGAAUGGGGGCCACCAGAUCCGCGGCAACUUAACAGAGGACCAGCUGCUUUUGACACCGCCACGGCCGUCCUCGAAGGCCUGCAGCCUCACCAUGACCUCCAUGAACUGCGAAUCACGAGGUACCCUGGGGCGACGUCGCCGACCUGGCUGGGUGUGACGAUGGAGAAGCUGGUGUGCCUGUACCUCAGGAACUGCACGAGACUUCAGGCCCUGCCUGCUAUCGGCGGCCUUCCCUGCCUGGAGCUUCUGGUUGUCAAGGAGCUGCCCUGCGUCAAGAGCAUCGACGGCGGCUUCUGCCGCGUUGGCACGUUCCCAGCGCUGAAGAAGGUGGUGCUGGAUGACAUGCCAAGACUGAUGGCGUGGAGUGACAUGCCAGAACUGUCGUUCCCUCGGCUGAGGGAGGUGAGCAUCAUCGACUGCCCGCGGCUGUCCUCCCUGUCGGGCCUUGAGCGCUGCACAGGUCCCAUCGACCUGCGCGUCAAGGGAUCGCCAAACAUCACACCGGGGAUCCUGCCUGCGAUGUUCAUUACUGGCGCCUCUAAAUGGAAAUUCCACUAGCGGUACAUGAGGUCGACGUUCUUAAAACCUAUGUAGGGUUCUGAUCAAGUGGAUAGGAGCGGGCAUGAAGAUGGAGGAAGCAACAUAGAGCAAGAGGAUAAAUUUGAACUUUAUAGAGUUGAGUUGCAUGUACUGGAUUUAUAUCAGCUCUUUAACCAUCCUGGUGAGAGGUGGUCUGUGUACGGGUUUGCUAGUGUUGGGAAAUCAGUGUAUGUUAGAUAACAUUACAACCAGAUAAGGGCAUUUCUAAAUGAUCCGUUAUAACCA